AUGAAUGGGCAUAGUUAUGGCCGUGGAAUUGGCUCCUCCUCUUUAUCUUCUCGACAGUUUGCCAAUUAUUAUUCUUUCAAGAGGAAAGGAGAACCUGGAAGAGGAGAAUAUACACAAAGUUUUAACCGCAAUCCAACGCAACAAUAUCCUUCACAAUUACUAAUUUCCCCAAGUUCAUCAUCAUUAAGGCAUCGACAAACUUUUAGUAAUUUAAUACCAAAUCAACCGCUUACAAAACAAGUCGAUCAAUUACUUUAUGAAAUUCCUGAUUUUAAAUUUACAAAAAAUUCUUUGUUUCAACCACCAGAAUUUCUCAAAGUUUUUUCUGAUAUUCGUUGCAUUGAAGGUUCUACAGCAAUUUUUGACUGUAUGAUAUUAGGAUCGCCUAGACCAAAAGUUUGUUGGUUAUUUAAUGAUGAAAAGUUGACUUUUGAUGAUGUAAUUUUGGAAGACACUUCUGAUAUAUGUAGAUGCACAAUUAAAUAUGUCUGUAAUCAUCAUUAUGGCUCAUAUACUGUAUUGGUUGAAAAUGAAGCAGGAAGAGCAAUAACAACAGCUAUGCUUUUGCCUAUUAAAUAA